AUGAAGACCAUUGCAUUGAUCUGCAUGUUCGCAGCCACGGCUUCAGGCUCCUUCAUUCAGAUCACAACUCCUGCGCCUCUGACCACACCUCCACCGAACUACAGGAGGGGCCCUUCGAUCAUCCUCCAGAACACGAACAAAGUUGUCGACGAGCCUGCCCUCCCACCAGCUGCCCUCCCGGAAGCUGAAGUGCUCCCUCUCGUGCCUGCACCAGUGGCUCCUCUCCUUCCUCCGCCCGUGGCUCCUCUCUUGCCUCCCCCCGCCGUUCCCCUUGCCCCAGCGCCGAUCGCUCCUCUCGCUGUGGCCGUGCCGGUUGAGGCUCCCGUGGUGGUGAAACUGCCCGUAUUGGAAGACAUUCAGAUCGCAGGAGUUAUUCACUGA